AUUUAUACUGAAGCAAACAAACUCGACGACUUCCCGGAAAAUAGAAAAGUAGCCAUAUUCAGUUUCAAAAUCAUACCGUCAGCAGCAUCGUCGUAAUAGCUCAACUGGAAGAAGCAUGUCACAGUCUCGAAGAACGUCAACGUCAAACGGAAACAACCACUACCGUCGUGAAAACAGAAGUCCCAGCAAUAACUACCGUCGUGAAAACAGAAGUCCCAGCAACACGCGUACGAGCACAUGCACACGCUGUGGGCAGAUACAUCGUUUUAGGUGUCCAGCUAAAGGAGUCACUUGCAGGAUUUGUAAGCGUAGUAACCACUACGAAAAGUGCUGUUUCUUCAACAAGAAUGUCAACAUGGUAACAAAAUACCCAUUGUUGGAGGAUGCUACUUAAAAUGCACAUUUUCCAACAAUGAAACAGCAACGGUCUAUUUUGUGGUAGCAGAUAUUGUAAGUCGAACCAUUAUUGGACAACAAACCAUUGAUGAAUUUGGGAUAGUCAAAAGGGUAUUAAACAUUGAAGAACAAAAGGUCAGUCAAAAUCCUAAAAAGUCGUGUCUAAAAUCUUCAAAGUCAAGGUCAGUACCCAAUGUCGUUGAUAAAUAUCCAAAUUUAUUUGAAGGUCUAGGUUGUCUACCAGUAAAAGCUCAUUUGGAUGUGGAUCCUAGUGUCAAACCUAAGAUUAGUGCCACUAGAAGAAUACCUUUUGCUUUGCAAACGCGUCUAAAAGAAGAAUUAAAUAAAAUGGAAAAAUUAAAUGUCAUUGAAAAAAUUGAAAAGCCCACUGAUUGGGUCAACUCUAUUGUCGUAGUCGAAAAAGCAAAUGGUACCCUUCGUGUAUGUUUAGAUCCACGUAGCUUGAAUGAAGCUAUAAAAAGACCUCACUAUACGUUUCCUACUUUUAACGAUUUGCGAUCAAAUAUAGCUGGUGCAACAGUUUUCAGCAAGUUAGAUGCUAGCUCAGGAUUCUGGACGAUACCUUUAGACGAGGAAAGUAGCGAUUUAUGCACAUUCAAUACCCCAUUUGGCAGGUACAAAUUCCUUCGUUUACCUUUCGGAAUUAAUUCAAGUUCUGAAAUCUUUCACAGAACUAUGGUGCAAUUAUUUGGUGACUUGCCUGGUGUUCAGAUAUUUAUAGAUGAUUUAUUAGUUUUUGGUAAAACGCAAGCUGAGCAUGACGAACGAUUAGCCAAUCUCUUAAAAAGAGCACAGGAAGUGAACAUCAAGUUCAAUAGGUCAAAAUGUCAAUUUAAUAUGUCUGAAGUGUACUAUGUGGGUCAUAUGUUCAACAAAGAUGGCAUUUCUCCUGAUAAGUCAAAAAUAAAAGCCAUUACCGAAAUGCCUAGUCCAACAAAUGUCAAGGAAUUGCAACGAUUCCUAGGAAUGGUAAAUUACCUAGGUCAAUACAUUCCAAAUUUAGCUGAGGAAACUAGUAUUCUUAGAGAUUUGGUAAAGAAAGAAAAUAUUUGGCAAUGGUCAGAAUCUCAUGAAAAACAAUUUGGUAAGCUAAAGUCUUUAAUUUGUAAAGCACCAGUCCUUACUCAUUUUGAUUUAAAGAAGCCCAUAAGAAUGUCAGUUGAUGCUUCAAAGUCUGCCGUCGGUGCUGUGAUUUUUCAUGGGAGAAAUCCAAUAGCUUAUGCGUCUAAGUCCCUUACCAGGUCUCAAGAAAACUAUGCACAAAUAGAAAAAGAACUUUUUGCCAUCUUAUUUGGUGCCAAGAAAUUCCAUCAGUAUUUAUAUGGUAACACUGUUCAUGUAGAGACCGAUCACCAACCGCUGGUGACCUUAUUCAAAAAACCAUUAGCCGAGGUUCCUGCUAGACUACAACGCAUGAUGAUUGCCUUACAAGCAUAUCAUUUAGUAGUUUCUUAUACUAAAGGGUCAGAAAUGUAUAUCUCUGAUACCUUAUCUCGAGCUCCUGUACAAGAUGAGUCUAAUUGUGAAUUCAAUUUCAAUGAUUUAGAAAAAGAUGUAGAAAUUCAUGUCAAUUUAUUAACUUCUCAUUUGGCUAUUACUAAAGACAAGUUGAAUAAAAUCCUUGAACACACUAAUAAAGAUGAAUCUUUACAAAAACUGAAACUUUACUUCAAAAAUGGAUGGCCUAAUUCUAAAAAGGAAAUUGAUCCUAUUGUCUCUCCAUAUUGGAACAUCAGAGAUGAGAUUCAUGUUAUUAAUAACUUAGUUUUUAAAGGUCAAAGUGUUGUCAUUCCCAUGUCUUUGAGAUCUGAAAUGCUCUCUAUUUUACAUGAAGGUCAUUUAGGUAUUGAGAAAACCAAAGGUCAAGCUAGAGGUACAGUCUACUGGCCCAACAUCAAUAGCGAUAUAGAGUCAAAGAUAAAACAAUGUGAAUAUUGCCUUAUGUUCAUGAAUAAUAAGCCUAAAGAUCCAAUGAUGUCGCAUGAACAACCUAUAUAUCCGUGGGAAAAGGUAGCUGCAGAUUUGUUUGACUAUAAGUCCAAAAAAUACUUACUUGUUGUGGAUAGUUAUUCCAAUUACAUUGAAGUCGCUCAUUUACAGAAAGGCAGUGAUAGUAAUGCUGUUAUUACUAACUUAAAGUCUAUCUUUGCUCGCCAUGGUGUUCCAUUGCAACUUCUUACCGAUAAUGGUCCACCAUUCAACUCUCAAGCUUUCAAAGCUUUUUCAAUAAAUUGGGAAUUUGAACAUAUUACUUCAAGUCCAUACUUGCCAAGGUCUAAUGGUCUCGCUGAAGUUAGUGUUAGGAUUGUAAAAAAUAUAUUCAAAAAAUGUGAUGAAUCAGGAACAGAUCCUUAUAUUGGUCUACUGCAGUAUAGGAAUUCCCCAAGAGGAAAUCUUAGCUCUCCUGCUCAAUUACUUAUGUCGCGGCAACUAAGAACAAAACUACCGGCUAAAGCCACUGUUUUAAAGCCCAAAGUAGUAAACUUUAAGGAACAUUUGGAACAUAAGAAGGUAAAUUUAGAUAAAACAAGAUCUUACUACAAUCAACAUGCUAGGAUGUCUCUCCCUUUGAAUGAUAAUGAUUAUGUCUAUUUCAAGAAAAAACCUACUGAUAAUAACUGGCAUAAAGGUAGAAUAGUAUCUAAGGCUGAUCAUCCUCGCUCAUAUAUCAUUAAAGAUAGUGAUAAUGUUUUAUAUAGACGCAAUCAGCAACAUAUUUAUCGUCCACAGAACAGUGGAUGUGUAACUCGGACUAAUAUUAGAGAUUUUGAAAAUAAUGAUGAUAACUAUGAUUCUUAUCCUUUUGAGUCUGAUAGUGAGUGUAUAAGUAUCAAUAAUACUAAUGAUCAUGAAAAUAAUAACCAUGAUACUUAUGCUUUUAAUUCUGAUCAAAAUCAACAUUCGUUUUUAUGUUCAACACCAAAUGCCAAUAGUUCCAAAAGCCAACAUUCAUUUCAUUCUUCAACACCUAAUUGUGCACCUAACAGUCCCAAUAUUCCUAGUUGUGCCAAUAGUCCCAAUAUUCCUAAUAUUCCUAUAACUGACACUGUUAUACGUAGAGUACCUACUGGUAACUAUACUACUAGAACAGGUAGGCAAGUAAUUAAACCAAAACGAUUAGAUUUAUAA